CCAAUGUCCGUUCCUUUUCCGGUCCCGCCUCUUUCGAAACCACUCUUUCUCUCUCUCUCUCUAAAUAUAUAAAGAGUCGCCAUUCAAAAACCUCAGGAAAACCAGAUUCCUUCUCUCUCUCGCAUCUCCAUUCAACUCCAGUCGAUCUCUCUCUCUCUCUCUGACGCUUGAGCUCGCUCCCUGUCGCAAUCGCGCAAGCGAGCCCUCGGUCAUGGAUGGUGAAGAAGAACAGCCCUCGGUCAUGGAUGGUGAAGAGGAACUUGAGGAGUGGGAGACGAGGGACAGCUUCCCUCUUGAUUUACCAUCCUUGGAAGAAGAUAAAACGACAACAGCUGAAGAACUUCAAAACUGGGAGGAUGGGUUUGAUUUACCACUGGAUGAAGCUAUGGCUCCCGAUGCAUUUUUCGCCCAAGAAGUCGGGACUUCUUCAAGUGACGAGAGCGAACAAGAGGUCGACCAAGAACUGCCUGGUAGAGCCAUGGCAGAUCUCCUUCUAGAGUAUGCACAUUUCGCGAUAGAGUGGGGGAUUCCGGGUGAGAAGUACUUUCAUCUGGUCAAGAGGUUUCUUGAAUUGGCUGUGAUGAAUUUUGGGCGCCAGGAGUUGGCCCGGAUGAUUUACGACAUGCAUAUAUUGACUAAAUCGAAGAGUGCGGCAGCAGCCCAAGAAUUACAAGCCAAUGAAUUAGGGGGGCGACUAGUCGAGCUCAUCGAGUUCGCGUGGAACCAAGACCAUACCUAUGCUGGUAUGCUGCGUCGAAUCAUUAAGGAGUCCAGGCGAAAUAUUACUCGUUAUGAACUAAUGGCGCUGCUGACGUACAUGAUGGGUUUCUGCCGAGAGAAGUGAAAAUCGUGAUAUGGCGUAGGACAUAGCAAGAAUCAUACUUGUGCAUCGUCAUGAGUUUCAUCCAUUAGCACAGAAUCAUCUAGCAGAAGCCUAUGCUGGGGAAUAUUAUUUUGAAUAUUCUAGGUAAGCUUGUUCUUUUCCAAGCUAAGAUGUAAGGACUUGAAACUAAGCAUUGAUGUAAGGCUAUUGCUACUGGGAAAUCCUUUGUUCCUCUCAGUGUUCUAAUUGAAGUCACCACAGUUCUAUCAUUGCUACCCUUUAUUGCUUGUAUGGAAGGGGAAGAAAAAACAACCCUUUCCCUUUAGAGACCUCUGAAAACUUCUGUAUGAACCAUUUCCUUA